AUGAAAAACUCCCCGGAAGCCCGUUCCAAUCUAAUCGACGGUUCCCCUCACUCACGACAUUCCAGUCGCACUCGUCCAACGACAUGCAGAUUGACGCAGUCGUUCGAGGCCCGUUAUCCACUCAAGAAAGGAAGCGCCAACGUCAGCUCGGCUUAUGUUUAUAUUGUGGCCAGCCAGGUCACCGAGCUCAUGACUGCCCUAGCAGAAGUCCUAAUAGAAGAACGACUCCAGGUUCCAGAUCCGUCGUUCGCCAAACCAACACCUUUGCCUCUUGAAAACAGUUAUGGGUGA